UGUGCCCCUCGCAAUUACCUGUUUCACCAGAAUUGAUGUGAGCGCGAGUUGGCGAGCACAUGCUACGUCGGGAGAAGAGCCAGAACUGAACUGAACUGAACUGAACUGAACUGAACUGCACUGCCUUCUUCCGGGCUCGCGAGGAACCAUUCUCUUCAAACCCACCUCCCCCCCCCCAAAAAAAAGAAAGAAAGAAAAGGAAAAGAAAUAAAAAGAAAAGUCACUCGAGCAGGUGUGUUUGAACAAACAAACAGAAGACGCGACCGAGGACCUGAGAGAGUCGCCAGGAUGCACUUGUUGUCCGCCAGCCUCGCGUGCGCCCUCCUCGUCUCCGCGCUGCUCCGCCGAGUGAGCGGUUUGGAGACUGUUGUCGGCCAGUACGGGGACACGCUCGAGAUCCCGUGCAACAAUGGAGCCAUGAAAGCAGAAGACGUCCUCAUCACUAAAUGGAAAUAUAACAAAGAAGAGGGACUUUCAGGAGACCUGCUGGUCAAGCAGACACACAAGAACAUCACAAUCAUCGCCACUAAUGAGUACAAGGGCCGUGUCAGCAUGGCCGCAAACUCCAGCCUGCUGCUCUCUGCAGCCAAGCUGACCGACCAGCGGGUCUUCAUCUGCAUGGUGGUGACUGGCGCCGACAUCGCAGAAUACCCAGUGAACGUGGUGAUCUACAAGAUGCCACCAGGCCUGGAGAUUUCUGACAAAGCGGAGGAGCUUGAGAUUGGGAAACUUACCAAGCUAGGGAAGUGCGUUGCACAGGAUGCCAAUCCAGCUGCAAACAUCACGUGGUUAAAGAACAAUGAACCUCUGGUGGCUGAUGGGAAAGGGAUUUCCAUUCAAGCCUCGGUGCAAGUAGACCCUGUUACUGGCCUCUCGACCACUUCCUCCACGCUGGAGUACUCGGCUGAAAAGGAAGACACGGACGCUCAGUUCACCUGCAGCACUCAACACGCCGUUGGUGGAGAGCUGGUGUCCGCUGCAGCGACCUUCACCAUCACCUACUCCACAGAGAACAUCGUCCUGCAGGUCAUCGCUCAGGACCCUCUCGUGGAAGGAGACAAUGUGACUCUGAAGUGUGUUGCAGAUGGCAACCCAGCUCCUAUCAGCUUUAACUUCCACCUGAAGGGAGACCUGGUCAAAGUGGAAAACGCAGACACUUACACCAUCACCGAUGUCUCACGUGACACCACCGGCGAAUACAAAUGCUCACUCAUUGACAACCCCACGUUGGAAGCAUCCAAGGACGUCACAGUGAACUACCUAGACAUCAAUUUAAGCCCCUCUGGGAAUAUCCUCAAGAGCGCUGAUGAGGCCUUGAAUCUAACUCUCCAGAUUGAUGCUUCCGGAGAAUCAAUGGUCUCCUGGACAAAGGAUAAUGUUAAACUGGACAAAGAGCCCAAGUUCGCCAAGCUGACCUACUCGGACUCUGGCCGCUAUGAGUGCAAAGUGACGAUGGGGCACCUCAGCCGAAAAGCUUCUUUUGAGCUGCUUGUUAAAGGUGCUCCUGUGAUCCGACAGCUGUCCAAACGGCGCGGUGAAGAUGGCCAACACAAAGUCUUGAUUUGUGAAGCUGAAGGUUCCCCGAAGCCAGCUGUAUCCUGGAGCGUCAAUGGCACCUCGCCUGAGGAGAGUGCCUUCAUCAACGGAAAGAUCACACACAAGAUCAGAGUUGUGCCCUCUGCGAAUCUAACUGUCUCUUGUACAGUGAUCAAUGAGUUUGGCACCGAUACCAGAUCUAUAAAUGUGUCAACCUUAUUUGUGGAGGUGAGAAUGGAUAAACAAGACCAGUCGGAGGAUAGUGACCAAACUAAGUUGGUGGUUGGAGUUGUGGUCGGUCUCCUCGUGGCCACUCUCGUCUUAGGCCUCACUUACUGGGUCUACAUGAAGAAAUCCAAACAGGGCAGCUGGAAGACUGGUGAGAAGGAGGACGGCUCCUCCGAGGAGGAGAAAAAGCUGGAGGAGAAAGUGGAGGAGAACAGCCAGAAAGCUGAGGUGUAAAGAAAGAGCAAACAUCCUUGUGAAAGUCAGAACAUGGAACUUUUGCACAUUUCUCUUCACCUCUGUCUUUGGAAGAAAAAGAAAAAAACCCUGUACAUUUGGAUGAAGACAUUUUGGAAUUGGUUUCAGGGAGAAUAUUACUAAACAGCAUAUCCAAACACCACCCGAGCCCCUUGACCUCUCACCCCUUCAUUCCUAAAAAAGAAAGAAAAAUGAAUGGAUAUUGUAUGUGAUAUACAUAACUUGUCUGCACUACUGAUACAUGUGUAAACUCGUCUGCUAUUAGGAUUCAUGUUUGUUAGAAUGGAUUUUGGGAAAUCUUUUUGGUUUAGUUGAUGCAAGUAAAAUUACUCCUAGGCCAGUUGCCUUUGCUGCGGUCAUGUAGGCCUGCAUUAGUCUAAGUUUGCCUCUUUGGCCCCAAAGAGACCUAGCCGGGGCUGAGGGACAACAUCACCACUGCUUCUUAGUUUCACGUCAUCGAAGUCGAACGUCUGCCUUCAACACCGGUAAACUGAAUCGGUUUAUUGGUGCAUGCAUUUCCAUUGAACUGUUACUAGGAUAUUGAAAUUGAGAUGAAACUCCUGAAAGGGCUAAGGGUAUUUUGUUAUACUCAGCAUUAGUAGAUAGAUGGUAAUAUGAUUUACAUGUCGCAUUGCAGGAAGAAGGUGAUGUGAGUUCUUUGGUGUUACAUGAUUUUUCUUGUUAUUUGAUUCUGUGUACCCAGGAGAGAAGAAUGGCGCAAACUCAGUUCAUAUCUGCCUGUCUGUUGUUGUUUUUUGUUUUUCAAUCUAUUGUACAUUUAACAUGUUUGCCUCAUUACACAACCAGGUAGAUUAUUGAGAGAAUGUAUAAGCAUAAUUUAACUCAUUGUUACUGGCUUAAGUUUGGCUGCACAGAUUCUUUUCUUUAAAUGUAAAAUGUUCAUAUUUUCCCAAGAAAAUGUCCUUGAGCCUGUUGUAAUGAAUGGAUGUUUUCGUUUACCCAUCAAGGUUGUAAAUUAAUUCUUAAUUUGUGCUACUUCAGUGUUGAAGUAGGCUUGUUUAUUAGCUCCUGCAUAAUUUUAGACUUGAGGACACAGAGUGGACAGGAUGUUUGUGUCAAAGUGGCAGUUAUGAUAUGUUUGCCUUCUUUUGAAAAUCUACCUGUAGUAGUACCUUCAGUUUGUGAUGUGCACUAGGGUUCAUGUUUUUCAAAUUUGUGUAGAAUACGAUGGAAUGCGCUCAGCUGUACAUGUCACACUUUUGGUCUUGUGAAGAGCAUUUACUAAAUCUGAAAAUGCAUCAAGACCAGGAUAUCAUUGUGAAAUAUCUGGUUUGAAUUUUCUUUUUGCUAUUUAUAUUGAACAAGAUUCAAAAUCCUGGUAGGCAAAUUCAGUAUUUGUCACAUAAUUCAUAUCUUAGAUUUAAACCAGUGAAUUGCUUGCAGACUUGACAAAAUGUAAUUAAGUUGUGAGUAACCAGACGGUUUCUCAGCACCUGAUUUAAUAAUAGAUUCAGCAUGUUAGGAUCUCAGACCUCCAAGCUGCUGUCUGCUGCCUACCUUGUGUAAAACCAUCAAAUUGGAAGAAUGACCAAAGAAAGUGGACGUUGCCAUGCAAGUACUGUAAAUAUCUGAUGUUUGUUUUUGUACUUUUGUUUAAAAUAAAAUGUACAUUUGGAAAAGUUA